GUCUAUUCUUAUGUAAUUAUAAUAGUUAUCCGAGUACUUGUCCGCAAGGCAUCUCGGUAUAUUAACGUCAGUACAAACAACACGUCGCUCACAGCAUAAUAAACACCACGAAGAGCAUAAACCACUUGGAGCUUUCAAAGUAUUUUACCUUUCAUAUAUCACGUUUGCAAAUAUAGCAGCGUAGCGCAAAUCAUCAAUCAUGCCAGGUCUCGAUCGAGUAUGCUUGUUGUUGGCAACCUUAGUAGUUGUCGCGUACAAUCCCGCUCAAGGUACUGCAGACUGUACUGUAAACGGUAUAAAUUUAGUUAAUUAUGACGAUUUAUGCAUGUGUCAUUCGUCAUGGGGAGGAGCGACCUGUUUAACUCAACACACUACGCCUGAAAACUGUGCCACAUGGGACGAUGCCGCAGACAUGCCCGGAGAUGUUACCAUUGGAGCAACAGUUGCUGACGCUGUGUUAGAAUACGGUGCAUCAGAUAGUAUAACGUGGACAGCUGUAUUUCCAGUUUCUGAUGGUAGGGAAUAUACACAAGUGAAACUAGGAGACUGUGUGGAUGGAACAGAUUUUUUUACGUUUCUGUCUACGAGUACAUCAGGCGAAUGUACCGACAAACUUGCCGUAGGUAUCAAGGCCGUCGACAUGGAUAAUUGCAAUUUUGCGAGAGAAGCGGUUUCCUAUAACGGAAAAGAGUAUUGGAAUAUGUCUAGUGUUCUCGAAUUUACCUACACUGAUCCUACUGCCGCCGGUGGCGAGGAUUUCGACCGUUCUGUGACUACCGUAUUCGCAGUACAUGCACUCUUCGAAAGUCGAUUUGAAGCUACUGUAGCGGACAUUGCAGUCUAUUCUAACUUUGAAAUGGUGACAGCGAUCACAUUGCAAGCCAUCACAGAAGGACAAGCCUCCUCAUUCGUUGAAUUGACGUACGGUCUAUCGCAUCCAUAUCAAGUACAGACGAUACAAGGGGGACUCACUGUCACCGGUGGAUCUAAUACUGCCACACUGCGUACUGAGGCCGAUGGCGGGGGUACGGCUGUUACAGGACUGAACUUAUGGACGGCGCCAGAGUGUGAAGCCGGGCAGUACAACAAUAACAACAACCAAUGUCUGAAGACAGCCUACGUGGAGAUCUUACACGGCCAAUGCACACUGGCUGGUGCCUAUACGCUCGAAGCGGUUACAAUAUACUGUUUGGACUCUCUUCCAGUGCGAGAUUGCCCCCUUGCAGCUCCCGAUUCCGACACCACUAUCACCUUCAAUUUGGACAGUGCCGACUUCUGUGACGGUAACGAGCCUUCGGUUACCAGAAUCGACUCCGCUGUUGCAAUUGACCGCUUUAUCUUUGUCGAUCCCGAGAACCGUAUCCGAGGCGAAGGAGCUUGGUUAUAUGUAGACGAUAACGGUGUGACUCAGAACAAGCCGUCCGCAGAUACCGCCAUUGAAUCCUUGCUGUGGGGGGGCACUGUAUUUGCACGAGUCGAUUUCAGCGGUCUUGCUGUCACCGAUGUACAGGUGCAGACCACUGAAACCAAGCUGGGAGAUGAUCCGUAUGUGGCUAUUCCCACCGAUUUCACCAUUGCAGGGGCUGUUGUUCCGGGUACUGACUUCGUCAUCAACAGAGAUCCGGUACAAGACUUCACAGGUAAGUGUGCCACCCUGGGCUUCUGCGCUCUAGAUCAGACAGUCCUGCUUAAGCACACUGUGGGCGCAGGUAUGCACGCCGGCCUCACAGCAGACGUUGGCUUGGGAGUAUUCGAAACAAUGACGGUGCGAAUAGUGCUGGAUGUCACGUACGAAACGGACCAGACCUUCUCGGCGCGGAGGCGACGCCGCCAGGCAUCAGCCGAUGGCGAGCCAGCCCCACCCACACGCACAGAUGGCAAUGGCGCAGGUAUGGUCACCACACCACCUGUGGCUAUAAGCGCGUCUGAUGGCAGCACUGUGGCCAAUAUGGAUGAAGGGGAUAAUGAUAGUGCAGCGAGUGCGAGCACCACACCGUCCGUACUAUUGGCUCUGGUGUGUGCCGUGGCGGGGUUUAUGAGUAGCUGAGCAGUAUGGGACGGCAUCAGACUCAUCCCCUCAGAUCAAAUCAGAUGGGCUGAAAUCAUGAAGGUUACCAGCCCUGUACAUAAAUUACACACAUUUAUAUAUAUAUACAUGCAUCGAAUCGAUGUAUUGACUUUGAUGAAUUGAUUCAUGGCAACUGUACAGUAGUUCAGAGUACUUUGACCAAUAAACUAGAUUUCAAACCGCCUGUUUCGUAAACUUCUUCACGGCGAUAGAGUCACAUACGCAUGCACG